AUGUCCGAACCCCAAUCGAGUCUCCCUACACACACUGCCACCGGGCACACAACCACUAGCGACACUUCAAGCGAAGCAACGCCAGAGGUGACAUCCGAAGAACUAUUGCUGCGAUUGCAAACGGCACUCGGCGGUAAUAUCGAUGUACAACAGCUAUUGGCGCAAAUGAUCAACACCGGUCCACUUGGAAUGCCCCCAUUUACUUCAUUUGUGCAACCAAAGACUGAAACCGAUGAACACUUGUUAGCCGUUUUGCAGAAUCAAAUCGCGAACACAGCAGCUCAGCAACAAAUCUUAGCUUUAACAUCAGCAGUCCCUUUCAAUCCAUCCACGCCGAUCGAGACGUCCUUCACCGCGUCCACAUCAAAAUUAACUCACUCGGAAUCUCCAUCAACCUCAACUCGACCGGCUUCUCAACCGCAGAGAGCUCAAAAAAGGAAACUCUUCGAAUCGGUUCAGGGAUCAUCAACGGGUGGAAGUGGUGCGUCGAGCUCUUCGGGCACUCUUCGCGGUUCUUCCCUUGAGGGAAUGAGUCGUGAUGAGAGGAUUGAAAUCGAGGAUUUGGAACAGUUUGCGGCACUCUUCAAGAAACAAAGGAUCAAAUUUGGUUUCACUCAAGGUGAUGUCGGUCAAGCUUUGGGUAAAAGAUAUGGAACCGAUUUCUCACAAACAACAAUCAGUCGAUUUGAAGCGAUGAAUCUAUCAUUCAAGAACAUGUGUAAAUUGAGGCCAUUACUAAAAGAAUGGUUGACAGACGCGGAAAGAGCAAUUGCUAAUGGAGCUUCGGUAUCGGAGCUCAUCGAUCCAGUGCCAUCUCCAUCAUCAAAUCUUCCUCUUUCAUCUCUUCAGGCUAAUGAAAGGCAUACAGCUUCUAGAAUUGUUGAUUUAAUGGAAGAAGAUCCGCCGACUAAUCCAAUCCCUGGUGAUCACAGUCUAUUAGUGACGAAUGAUCCAAUCGAUGAAGAUCCGGAUUUGUAUGAAUGGACGAAUCACCUAUGGAAUGGACAGGAGAGACCCUCGAAUUCGGAAAGGGGAAACGAUUGGAGAACUUUUUGGAAUCAUAACUCGUGGAAUGGUACAGAUUUCAAUGCGGGUUUAAGAUGGAGAGGACGAGGAGGAGAAUGGGAAAUGAGAGGAUGCGGAGAGGGGAUGGACGAGUAUCGGGUACAAGAAUGGCCGACAACGGCUAGUGGAGCGAUUGGAUGGGAAAUGGUGGACACAACUGUUGAUCUUUUCGGGGAUUUAGCUGUUUUUGAUGAUGAU